AUGGCGGAAAAUUUUCUGCGCCCAAAUGAGACAGUCGACCAGUUCUACAACCGUUGCACGAACAUAACCCACUUCGACUGCACCGAAGAGGAAAUGCUCUGGUUGACCAUCGGCCCCCGGCGUCUGCCGCUACAGGAGAUCCUGCCUAUAUCCGCGGCGCUGCUAGUGGUGUUCCUAACAGGGGUGGCAGGCAACGUGGCGGUGUGUGUGGUGAUUGUGCGCCAUCCCGCUAUGAGGACCACCACUACUAACUACUAUCUAUUCAGCCUCGCACUGUCUGAUCUACUGCUGCUGCUCUUUGGUCUGCCCAACGACCUGUCGGUGUACUGGCACCAGUACCCGUACAGUCUCGGGAUCGUGUUCUGCAAACUACGGGCUCUCAUCUCUGAAGCGGCAUCCUACGUAUCAGUGCUAACAAUAGUAGCCUUCUCCCUGGAGCGCUACCUGGCCAUCUGUCACCCGCUGCACCUGUACGCCAUGGCUGGUCUACGGCGCGCGCUGCGGAUAGUGGCUGCGCUGUGGGUCGUGUCACUUGUGGCUGCCUCACCUUUCGCCAUCUACACCACCGUCAGCUACCACGACUACCCGCCUGGGUCCGGCAAUUCGUCUCUCGAAUCAGCGUUCUGCGCCAUGCUGGAGCUUCCAUCUUGGUUCCUGUGCGAGCUCAGCAGCCUGCUGUUCUUCAUCCUGCCAGGGCUGAUCAUCCUCGCGCUCUACGUCCGGAUGGGGUUGCGUAUUAGAUCAACCCACGCCCACAAGCCCGGGAGUCCUGGAACCCUGAAUGGAGUCAACGGCAGCGUGCACGGCGAAGCACGGCAGGCCCAGUCGAGGAAGACGAUCAUUAGGAUGUUGGCGGCGGUGGUGGUGGCAUUCUUCGUUUGCUGGGCUCCGUUCCACUUCCAGCGCCUGUUCUUCAUCUACGGCGCCGACUCGCCGCACUACCACAUCAUCAACCAGUACCUCUUCAGCGUGGCUGGUCUGCUCUACUACGUCUCAGCUACCGUCAACCCCAUACUCUACAACGUUAUGAGCCAUAGGUACAGAAUAGCGUUUAAGGAGACGCUGUGCUGCAGCAAGGUUCGAAGGAAGAAGAGCAAGUACCGGGAACAAUCCAGUGUACGGGAGACCAUGGUUAACCACACCAGUGACGGACAUCUGGUGCGUGUGCGCAGUACUAACGACCGCCGCAACAGGAUCGACCGGAAGGUCUUUCGGAGAUGCAGCUACGGAGAAACAAUGACGCUCUGCAGUCAGAAAUGGAAAGACGAGUACUUUACGGAGAAGAGGAAAGGCAUCCUCAGGUCCGAGCGAAGCAGCAGCAACUCGAACAACAACGAAAACAAUCAAGUAGUGUUCUCAGACAACGAGUACAACAAAGUGGACACUGACUUGGAGAGCGAAGACAACAACAUCAACAUCAACAUCUCGAUACAUCUGCAUAAAUGAGACAUGUACGAGAGCAGGGUUUAAAACUCUGCUGCUUAACAGGACUGAGAAAAUUUUUUCUA